AGCGCCAAGGAGACUCGCUUUCCCACAGGGCCAUGCGAAGGAAGAUGGCGCCCGUGGAGCACGUCGUGGCGGACGCCGGAGCCUUCCUCAGCGGAGCCCCCCUGCAGGAGAUCGGGCGGCAGAUCUACACGACCCGCGAGGUGGUGACUGAGAUCCGCGACAAGGAGACCCGCCGGCGCCUGGCCCUCCUGCCCUACCAGCUCCACUUCAGGCAGCCCAGCCCGGAGUACCUGCGCCUCGUGACAGAGUUCUCCAAAAAGACCGGCGACUACCCCAGCCUUUCAGCCACUGACCUCCAGGUGCUGGCCCUCACCUACCAGCUGGAAGCUGAACACGUCGGCCUGGCUCACCUCAAGAAGGAGCCCGCCCACAAGGUCACUCUCAGUGCAACCAACCAGCACCCCGAGACACCUGUUCAUCUGGCUGGUUUCCAUCUCCCUUCUAAGGCAGCUGCUUGCCCCAAGCCCAGGCGCCCAGAGGGUGAGAAGAGCCCUUCGGUUGUGACAGGCCAAGAGCCUCCCGGCUCACCUGGGGUGGAAGAUGCUGCCUUCAGCUCCUUCAUGUUCUGGAGGCCCCCCUUGCCCAGCAUUGAGGAAGACCUUCGGGAAUUGCUGAAAGCGGCUGGUGGCUCCAUGGAGCAAGCACAACCCAAAGGCCCGGAGAGUGCCGAGAAGGACGGGAGCGAGGAGGAGGACGAUGAUGACGACGAAGGCUGGAUCACGCCCAGCAACAUCCGGCAGAUCCAGCAGGACGCGGGGCAAGGGGCUGAGCCUGCAGAUGUGCUGGUCGGCUGCUUGACCACAGACUUUGCCAUGCAGAAUGUCCUGCUGCAGAUGGGCCUGCAUGUCCUGGCAGUGAACGGCCUGCUGAUCCACCACACACGGAGCUACAUCCUGCGCUGCCACGGCUGCUUCAGGACAACGUCCGAGAUGACCCGGCUCUUCUGCCCCCACUGUGGGAACAAGACGCUGAAGAAGGUGGCCGUGACCGUAGGCAGCGAGGGCAACCUCCACAUGCACUUCUCUCGCAACCCAAAGGUGCUCAACUCGCGUGGACUGCGCUAUUCCCUUCCUGCCCCCCAGGGGGGCAAACACGCCAGCAACCCCCAGCUGGUAGAUGACCAGCGCUUCCCCCAGCAGCGGCUCUCUCGCAAGGCUCGCCAGAAGACCGACGUCUUUGACCCGGACUAUCUGGCCGGCCUGUCUCCGUUUGUGGAGAAUGAUAUAUACAGCCGGGCGGCCAGCCUGCAGAUUCGGGAUGGGGCGCUGGGGGCUGGCAGGAGGCGAAUGAACCCCAACAGCUCCACAAAGAAGUUUGUGAAGAAGAGAUGAGGGGGAACAGCCUGACCCCCCCUGCGGCCACCUCUUCGCCUGCACAGUGCCCUCAGUGCUGCAAGGAGGUCGGAGCUGACGCCCGGACUCCACUUUGAGGCAGUGGCCCCACCAGCCCUGUGUCCGGAUUCCCCUGCGAGCCAGCAGCAGUGGGGGCAAGAGACGCAUCUCAGGAGGGGAGGGGUUGGGGGAGGGGCUUGGAAAACCUUGCAUGGGGGGCAGCCCGUGAGGCCUCUCCUGUUUCCAGGCCUGAGCCUCACAGGCCUUGUGAAUAAAGUGGUGAGAUCCA